GUUCCUAGGAACCACCUCGAGCUCCAGUCCCCUGUUCCUCCUGACAUCUGAGAGGCUCUGCUGCAGCAUAUCCUGGGCUAACUGUUUAUCCUGUACAGCCUGGCAACUGGCCGCAUGCUCCGGAUUACCACAGGACACCCAUUUCAAAACACACUUUGCUUUCUGCUCUGACUAAUCGAGAGUAGACUAUUUCAAUUUUUUAACUGAAAGAGAAAGGUUUUGGGAUAGUGAAAGGAAAAAGAGAAGCAGCUUGGAUAUGUGCUUGUGAUCUUUUUUCUUUUUCUUUUUGGUUGAUUUAGUAACUUUACCCUCUUUUACUUGCACUUCUCACCUUUCCUGGAGAGCCGUGUGUGCUUUCACGCAAUGGAUCACACACUGUUUGGCUGCCUGCGGAGCCCCCACGCCCCGGCGCAGGCCCUGCAUCCCGCCUUCACCCAGUCUCCCCUGACUCUGCACGGACGCUCGGACCACGUCUCCUACCCUGACCUGGCCUCUUCAUCCUCCUCCUCUUCCACCUCCUCACCCUCUCCCUGUAUCAUCUCCAGCUACCCGAUCGACGACGGCCUGUUUGGCGGGCAGCACCACCACCAUCCUCACCGCGGCCACCUGACCGCCCAGCAGCAUCACCACCCGCCUCAGCACCAUGCAUCUUGGCAUAUUCCACAGAUGCCGUCACCUGGCGCUAACACACGCCACAACCUUUGCCACUCGCACUCCCACUCAUCCCAUGACAGUGGGCCAACACCCCCAGACAUGGGCCACCCUGGUGGGCCCAGUAUGUGCGCCAGUACCCCCAGCCUGGGCAUCGGCAGCACCCCUACAGGGGCCUCCUGUGUGCCUGCAGACUUUGGCAGACAGACUCUGUCACCUGCUGAGGCCGAGAAGAGGAACGGCAAGAGGAAAAGUGACAGUUCAGAGUCCCAGGACGGGAAUUACAAGUCAGACGUGAGCAGCAAACCCAGGAAGGAGAGGACGGCGUUCACCAAGGAGCAGAUCCGAGAGCUGGAGGCCGAGUUUGCCCACCACAACUACCUAACCAGACUAAGGCGCUACGAGAUCGCCGUCAACCUCGACCUCACUGAAAGACAAGUGAAGGUGUGGUUCCAGAACAGGAGGAUGAAGUGGAAAAGAGUGAAGGGCGGUCAGCAGGGAGCAGCAGCUCGAGAGAAAGAACUGGUGAAUGUGAAAAAGGGAACGCUGCUGCCAUCAGAGUUCUCUGGCAUCGCAGCGCUCCACCACUCGACGGACUCCUUAGCCAAUGAGGACAGUCACGACAGCGACCAGAGCUCCGAGCACGCUCACUUAUGAUGCACACACAUGCACACACACACACACACACACACACACACACACACACACACACACACACACACACACACACCCUGCCCCUCCCCAGAGGAAAGGCCCUGCUCUGCCUCAGGACCGUCCUUAGAAGGACUGCUGUUUGCUGAUUCGCCAUCGUCAUACAACGAUGCUAAAUAAGUGUACAAAUACACAGAGGAACGACGUGUGGUAGAUAAUGCAGCCAUCAUGCAGGAAAAAUGUAAAUUUCAAGAACUGAGCACAUAAAGGAAGGAUGUUGACAUAUUUUAAAGCGCCAUUGGUUAAAGAUGUCCUUGAUAAAAGCCAAAACAAGAAAUAUGUUUGGCUACACAAAUUCACUGAAUAUUGCAUAACAUUUUGGAAAUUAUACUUAGUCAAACUGUUGUAAACAUUCCAUGUUGUGUGCCUCGAGAGAAUCAGGCUUAGAUUUGCACUGUUGAACAUACAGUCUGCACCUCAGUCAGUUUCUACUGUAUAAAAUGUAAAUUACGAUGUAAUUGAGUUAUUGAUCAAAUCAAGUGCCAGGAAAUCAAAUUUGCCUAGCUAAUAUAAAUGAUCUGUAAAUAUUCUCUGUAAUGUCUUACCUUAACAAAAAAUGUUAUACCCACACUAUUCAGCUCAUGCAGUAAUAAACACUGAUGGUUCUUUUGUCAACACUUAUCUGCCUGGAGACAUUUUGUAAACAAAUCUAAAACCUGAACGAUUUCUUUUUUAAUUAAAUCCUUUCAGGGAAAGUUGCAGAUCGAAUAAAAUUCAACCAGUGAUGGAA